AUGAUGUACUCGACUGGACUUGAUUCUCGUCCCUACUCCAUUGUCGUUGAUGACGUAAGUAGAGAUGAUCGAUCAGACAUUGUUGUCACUAAUUCAAAUACGCAUAAUAUUGAUGUACCUCUUGGAUAUGGGAAAGGAAGCUUUUCAAUAGGAACACUCUACUCAACUGGAGAAAGCUCUUUUCCUUACUCAGUAACGAUACAUGAUUUGAAUAAGGACAAUCAAGCAGACGUCAUAGUCACAAACUCAGAAACCAAUAAUGUCUUUGCAUUUUAUGGAUAUGGCAAUGGAACAUUUGCAGAGCCAUUAUCUUAUUUUAUGGGCUAUGAAUCUCAUCCAUCAUCAGUCGUAAUUAGUGAUUUCGACGAAAAUGGUUGGAUUGAUAUUGCUGCUGCAAAUUACGGUACUGACAAUGUUGAAAUUCUUUUUCAAACCUGUUAA